AUUGCUGGGCACCCCUGAGCAGAGCCUGGUCCAUCCUCUGACCCCUCCCUUGAAGGGAUUGGCAAAAAGCAGGUUUUAAUAUGAAUUUAUGAAAGUGUGACUUUAACAGAGUUCAGUGGCAAGGUUCACUCUAUUACUACAUAGAUGAAGCAUACACAGGAAAAUAGGAUCAGAAUCCAUUUAGGAUGAUUCCCAUGGAGACUGGGGAUGCAGAAGGCUCAGUGUUGCAAAGGAUUUGAUUACAAAAGAUAGGGGUGCAAAAGGUGUUGACAACUUCAACAGCAGGAAGAGUUAAGAGAGCAUUAAAGUUAGACACUGUCAAAAAAGAUGAUAAUCCAUCUGAUGCAACACCUCAGAAGGUCAAAAAGAAGAAUCUGAAUUCUUACUCCCCAAUGACAGGAACACGCCAGAUGAGUCCCUUUUCAUCCCCUGUCAGCCACAAGGAACAAAAUCCCGGGAAUGCCCCAGCUAAAGGAGAAGGAAGAGAGCAGAGCAAUUCCGACUGCGGAUUAUCCAGGAGAGGGCAGCCUCUAACAGAGCAGGAUGGGUUCCUGAAGCUGCAGUCCCAAGUGAGAAGUUCAUUGGCCAAAAUUCUGAAAAUAAGAGCAAAUCUCACAAGCCUCCAGGCUUUGGAGGGCAGCAGAGAGCUGGAAAACAUCCUCGGUGUCUCAGACUCCUCUCGUCCCCUGAGUGCUGAAGUGCAGAAAACCCAAACACUGCUGAGUCAAGCAGAAGAGCUGCAGCUGUUGAAAGCAAACCAUGGAAAACUCCCUGCCCCAGGGUACAUCCAGACUGUUGGGACCACUGAGUUCCUGAAGUCGCUCCUGGAACAAAGCAAGGAGCCCCUGGGGCUGCUCCCUGCCCUCUCCAGCACCCAGGCACUGGCACAGUGACCAGGGCCAUGACCAGGACACAGGCAUUAUGUGAAAAAUGCAUUCCACAUCACCCCAAACUUCUACAUCUGCUGGACUGGACUUAAAAGGAGUGAAGAACUGAGUGUAAACCAAUCUGCCCCCAGCCCCGGUGCGGGAGCGGCGCUGGCCAGGCAGGUGCAGUCACAUAACAUUCCUGGCAUCCAUUUAAACUGAACAGUGUGCACAACACAUCAUCCCAAUGGAAAUAAUCCACCGUGCUGGGAGCUGCGGCUGCCUGGGAAAUGAACUGUAGGUUCUGCAGGUUCUGUUCUAGCACGGGUUGGGCUCUAAAGCCAGAGGAAGGUUUGCAGUGCAAGGAAUUAUUCCGUGUUUCAGCUGCUGACAAACACUUUCCCUGCUGGUGCUGCCACACCUGGGGAUGUUUGUCAUCCACAGCCAGGUUUCCUCCAAAGCUUCAAACCCAGCAUUAACACACAGGCUCUGGGAACAUUUGGUUUUUAGGUCAACAUUUUAGUUUAGUUUUGGUAUUUAAUGAUGUAAGAGCAGAGUUGUUUUAUAUAAACCAGUUGCUUCUCUUUUUCCAUCCCUUCAGCCUAGGGAAUUCCCCAUAACACAAAUCCUUGCAUUAGGUUGGAAAAGUACAGUACAAUGAUUUUUACUUUUCUAAGUUCAUCAUAAACACCCAGUUGAAUGUCCUUUCUACUCCUGCAAAGUCCUGCUCCUCAAACUGAUUUGUACAACUAAAACUCUGAGCACCAAAAUGAUGAAUGUGUUCCACACGCUCAAGCUUUGGGAGUUUUUAGUUAAUAAAAAUGUUUUGGCACCUCACUACCUGUGCAGUCCAACUGGGAAAAACACAGUAAGUGGUAGAAGGAAACUGGGACAGUUUCUCUCCCUUCCACACCAGUGCCUGUCAGGCUCUCAGUGCUGUGGGUUGUUGGGUCUAAGGGGCACCAGCUCAUUGCCCUGUAGCAUGGGGGGAGAUACGGAACCAGCCAGAGUUUAUGUAACCUGACUGUAACCUCUGGGGCUGGAAAUUAAAUAAUUAUUGAUCUGAGAAGAGCCUG